GCCUAUUUGUGCUCAGGACAUGCCCCCACAAGGUGGAUGAAUGUUGAGACUGACGUAGGAGGGGUGUUGCACGACGCGUUGCCCCUCCACUUGCGCCGCCAUUCAAAAGAUUUCACUUUCUUUCAAUUCCCAUUCCUCCUACACUACAAACUUUACAUUUCCCAAUCUUAUGCUCCGCACUCUAGCAAGAAUGGCACCCAAGAACUGGACAAAGGAGAACUUUACGCUCAACACUGGCGCAAAGAUUCCUGCUAUUGGCCUCGGAACCUGGCAAUCAAAGCCUGGUGAGGUCCGCGAAGCUGUCAAGGCUGCUCUCCAGGGCGGCUACCGUCACAUCGACACUGCGCUUGCAUAUGGCAACGAGAAGGAAGUCGGCCAGGGUAUCAAGGACUCUGGUGUCCCCCGUGAGGAGAUCUGGGUCACCACCAAGCUCGACAACCCAUGGCACAAGCGCGUCGAAGAAGGCAUCAACAGCUCGCUAAGUAGCCUUGGCCUCGAUUACGUCGAUCUCUACCUUAUGCACUGGCCCUCUUCAACCGACCCUGAUGACCUGAAGAAGCACUACCCCGACUGGGACUUCAAGGACACCUGGGUUGAGAUGCAGAAGCUGCCCGAAUCUGGCCGUGUGAAGAACAUUGGUGUCUCCAACUUCGCUAUCAAGAAUCUUGAGAAGCUCUUCGCCGAUUCUCGGUUCAAGAUCACGCCUGCUGUUAACCAGAUCGAGCUCCACCCCAACAACCCCUCACCCAAGCUCCUCGACUACUGCAAGGAGAAGGGCAUCCACUGCACCGCCUACUCAUGCCUUGGCUCCACCGAUUCUCCUCUGUACAGGAACGAGAAGCUCAAGAAGCUUGCCGAGAACAAGGGAAAGUCUGUCCAGCAGGUCCUGCUGAUGUGGGGUCUCCAGCGCGGCACUAGCGUCAUCCCCAAGUCUGUCACAGCAUCUCGCAUCAUGGGCAACUUUGAGCUUGACGGCUGGGAAUUGACUGAUGAGGAGAUGAAGGAAAUCAGCUCGCUGCCUGAGCGCUUCAAGGUUUGCGGAGACGCCUGGCUGCCUGUCAAAGUGUUCUUUGGUGAUGACGAGUAGGUCUGUUGAAUUUUGCCAAAGAGUUUAAAGUGCAAUGAUACCACGAAUACAUAGAGAAUUAAAAAUAAGAACAAGACGUACAAACACAUGAUU